UAGGACAGUCUUGCCAACAAACUCUGUGAGGAGCGCUUACUCUGGCACUACCCGACUCAGACAGAUUGUUACGUUUCAGAUAGGCCUACUUGUGACAGUGUUAUUGAGUUUACGUCGAUCUGUGCAGUUUUCUGAAACUUUCUUCCAGUGAGCGACGUAGUCUAAAAUAACCUCACUGUUCGAGCGCUCUGCGCGUAGUUUCGUAUGGUCCCGCAAUCCGGCGGGUGUUAAGAUCCAUGGAAGUGGCCGGUUUUUACGAGGGGGACUGCCUUGCUUUCCACGGUAGCAACAGUAUAAGCGGUCCCGUCGGCGACGGCAUAUGCAAGCAGCCCAUUGACGGCUCCAUGACGAAGCUUAGUAUCUCACAGCACGAGAAGACGAUCGACUUCAGCAUCUACCUAGACUCUCUGCAAUAUCACCAACUCGCAAGCCAAAACCAGGCAGCUCUACAACGCGGAGACGUCUACAGCGAUUUCCUCGAGGAGAGCAGAAGCAAGAGGGUGGCAUCGUUACAAAACUACAGGAACUACAUUUCACUGAACGACCGGGAGCCAGGUUUGAUCAACAGCCACCGGGAAGCCAACCCACUGGGCUACGCCGACCUCGAGGAGACCCGAGUUGACACGGUCUACAGCCCGGAGUUCGUCGGGAACUCGGCUAAAGGUGGUCACCAGGACGAGCCCCGAGAGGAGUCGGGAAUGGACGGUUCUUCUGGAUUUGACAUGCGCUCCUAUAUACAGUACCAGUCAGCGCCGAGCGGCAGUUUGGGGAACAUUUCCAACGCCUCGUCCUCCUGCUCGAGCCCACCCGGGACACCUGCCCCGUCAGGUAAGGGAGGCUCGCCGCAUCAGAUUGGCAAGAUGUCGGGCGGGAAGGGAAAGAAGCGCCUGGAGAAGGACAGCGAGGAGUACCGACUGAGGCGCGAGAGGAACAACCUGGCCGUCCGAAAGAGCCGGGACAAAGCCAAAAUGCGCAAUCUGGAGACGCAACACAAAGUGCUCGAGCUCGCAGCCGAGAACGACCGUUUACAGAAGCGCGUGGAGCAGCUGUCACGAGAGCUGGCCACGCUACGUAACCUGCUCUCUGCCACCGGUCAGUGCUAACGGGACGCCCGUGUGCGCUGCACUUAGAGAGAACAUUGAAGCAGGCUGGGACUGUGAUUUGGUUGAAAGUUGAUCUUUCUUGCCGUGGUACUCUGUCUACUGAAGUUGUCGACUUAAAGUAGGCUUUGCUGGAGAAACGAACAAGUGUUUACAGCCGUGGAAUAGACUGGAGGAAGACAUGAGGUGAUUGCGCAACUCCUCGCUCUUGGUGAGGUUUUCACCCAGUUGGCUACAAUGAAACUCUGAAUUUAUUCUUUGUCUGUACAGUAUUUUUGUACAAUUUACACGAUGAAGUCUGCAUUGAAAUGUUCUUCUAUUUAAACGUGUUUCCUUAUGUGGGGCAGUAGUUGUCAAGGGAAGAGUUGCUGCAGUGGAAUGAUGCAAUUCUUUGUAACAGUAUUGGCAAUGCAAUGAAGUAAUCUGUAAAAGAUAUAAAGGUACAAUUUUAAAUGAUUUAAAAAAUGUUUUAUUGAAUUAAAUUGAUUUUUACAUGGUUCCUAAGCAA